AAUUCGCUAUUUGUCGCCCAGUCUGGCAAUAGUGCAGGGACCAGCAACUGGUUGUCACCACCACACAUUGCCCGCUGAAGCAACAACACUGGUGACUGGUAGAGAUGGUUGUAGUGGUGACAGCGAGCCUGGUGGUGAGCCUGAUAGUGAGCCUAGUACAGGCUGAGGAACAUGGCUCCAACACCAUCACCUUCACCGCUGACACCUUCACUCAGUCACUCGACGGAAAGCCCCAGUUUGUCAUGUUUUUUGCCCCGUGGUGUGGUCACUGCAAGCGGUUGAGUGCGACCUGGGACGACCUGGGGAAGAAGUACAACACAGAGAAGGCGGAGGUCGUGGUGGGCAAGGUGGACUGCACUCAACACACUGCACUGUGCUCCUCCCAAGACGUCACGGGAUAUCCUACGUUGAAGCUGUUCAACAAGGGGGCAGAGAAUGGUGUGAGGUACCGAGGCCCCAGAGACUUGGCUUCACUCGAGAGAUUCAUCUCUGAGCAACUUGGCACAGAGGUGCAGAAUGGUGAACAGCUGUCAGUGCCAGAAGCACUUACAGGCUUGGUCGAGUACACUGAUGUGACCUUCAAGUCUGUAGUGGCCAGUGGCAAGCACUUUGUCAAGUUCUACGCUCCUUGGUGUGGACAUUGUCAGAGACUCACUCCUACCUGGGAAUCCUUGGCCAAGUCUUUUGAACAUGACAAGUCGGUUACUAUUGGAAAACUUGAUUGCACUCAGUUUCGGCAAAUUUGCAAUGAUUAUGAAGUGAAAGGCUACCCAACGCUACUAUGGAUUGAGGAUGGCAAAAAGAUUGAAAAAUAUACAGGGGAUCGUAGCCAUGAAGAUUUGAAAGAAUUUACAGUUCGUAUGCUUGGAGACGAUGCUGGUACUGAGCAGAAGGAAGAUACAAAUGAGCCACUGCCUCCCGUUAUAGUUCUUACGUCAGAAAAUUUUGAAAAUGCCAUUGAAAAAGGAUAUACGUUAGUGAAAUUCUUCGCACCAUGGUGUGGCCACUGUAAACGCAUGGCUCCAACCUAUGACGAGUUGGGUCGGAAGUUUGUUGGCCACGGCGAAGUGAAGAUUGGAAAGGUGGACUGUACGCAGGAGGUGAAUAGAGGCUUAUGCAGUGAACAAAAUGUAAAUGGAUUCCCAACACUGUUUCUAUACAAAAAUGCCAAUCAGAUUGGCGAGUAUAAUGGCGAUCGCUCUUUAGAAGACAUGGUCUCCUUCAUCACCAGACAUCUGGAACACGAUGAGCUUUAGAUUGUGCCGUAAUCACGAGGAUUUUAGGUUAAAGCUGUUGUAUUAGAUUUCUAAUAGAUUAAUAUUUUGCAGUGUACUUAACAAUCUUUCAUCCUCCAGUUCAUGCAUUCAAAUUAUAUACAGUACCUGUUAAAGAAUGAAUUAGCAUUUUGAUUAGAUUACUUUUUGUAAAUUAUGUUAGCUAACUAGUAGGUGUUCAUAAAUAAUUUUGUAUUAAUGAUUCUUCAAUAUUGUUCAUCAAAUGUUACAUACUAGUUCCUAAUUAUUAAACAAUUGUAAAUUUUUUUAUAUCUUUGAUGUCUUGUUUUCUUGAGAGAUUUCCUCUUUGUUGUUUUCUUAAACAUCUCUAAAUCACCUCCCAGUAUAAGACGAGAAACUAGUUCUAAGAUUUGGAAUGUGUGUUUAAAAAUUAACAUAGCUUUCGGAUAAAAAGUCACAAUAACGUGGCUGAAAAAUGUUGACCAACCCCCACACUAGAAAUUCAAGAGACGACAACGUUUCAGUCCAUCCUGGACCAUUAUCAAGUCGAUUGUGGUCCAUCAUUACAAUAGACUUAAAAUGGUCCAGGACGGACCAAAACGUUGUUGAAUCUUCAAUUUCUAGCGUGCUUUGGUCAACAAAUUAAUUUUCCUUUCAUAAUUCUGACUUUUUAUAGAAUGAUAUUUUAAAUAUCAUUCUUACCAAAGAAAGUAUGCAGUUACCAAUGUUUGCAGUGGUUAAUGUGUGAUGAACUACUGCUGAUACAAUUUUCUUGGAAGGGUCCAGGAUGGACUAAGACAUUGUCACUUUCCUUUCAUGCGCGUGAGUUGGGUAUUUUUGUUUUUGUUUUUUGUUCAAGUUAUUAUGGCACACUGCAUGUUUUCUUUAUUAUUAUUCAGGCAGUUGGUUCAUACAUAAACUUGUAUAUAUAUUUUAUUUAAUUCUUUAUACUGUAUUUAAGAAUAUAUACUGCAUUGAUUUGGGAAAUUUUAAUUUGUAUCCAUGUGAGUUGACAGGAUAUUACAAGAAAUUAGUAAAUAAAAUAUGCCAUACAAAGAUACCAAUACAGUACUUAUCAACGAGGCUUUCUAUCACGUUAGUGUAUAUAUAUAUGAUUACUGUAUUUCUGAUGUAUUUUUAGGAUUUGUCAUAAUUACAUAUUAUCCAUAUGAUCAUUGGUGCAUUGUGCCCAUGACCAAUCGUAUUACUGUCAUUACUUGGAAAAUGUUGAAGCGUUGAUUGAUCAAAUUUGUAAUUACUGAUCAUGUAAUGUAAUUCUUUCAAGAAUUUAUAAAUAUAUAUGUAAAUGUUUG